AUGAAUGAACCGUACUACAAAGUAGCCCAGGAUUUCUAUACAUCUGACCUCAAGAAACCUCCACUGAAGGAAGCAUAUAUUUGGCCCUGCAAUGAAAGGAGCAGCAGCAGCUCUGGAGUUUCCUUUUCUUGCCCAUUUGUCUGUCUUUGCCUCUCCUUGUUUUGCCUGGUAGGCAGUCUGCUGGGGCAUCCUCAGUGCUUGGAUUACGGGCUGCCUUUCCAGCCUCCUUUUUACUUGGAGUUCUGCUCUGCCUAUGAAGACUUUGGCUGCUGUGACCAGGAAAGAGACAACAGCAUUGCAGCAAAAUACUGGGGCAUUAUGGAUUCUUUUGAUCUUCAGGUUCAUAAGCUGUGUGGUAGGUAUAUCAAAGAUAUCCUGUGUCAGGAAUGUUCUCCAUACGCUGCACAUCUCUAUGAUGCAGAAAACCCUCGGAUGCUGCUAAGAGACCUCCCAGGGCUUUGUUUUGACUACUGCUCUGAGUUUCACCUUAACUGCCACUCUGCCAUCAGCCUGGUGACGAGCAAUAAGCACAUCCAGGAAUGCCACGAGACAAACAAGACAUGUUUUUGCAACCUCCUUCACCUACAGGACAAGGACUAUUGCUUCCCCAAUGUGCUGAAGAACACUGACCUCAACUGCAACCUGGGCUGUGUGGUGGUGGGCCACAGAGGCUGCCUCCAGCUCUGUCUGACUGAGGUUGCCAACGGGCUGAGGAACCCAGUGCUGAUGGUGCACCGUGACCGUACCCACCACAUGUUUGUAGCCGAGCAGGUGGGCAUGGUCUGGGUCUAUCUUCCUGACAGCAGCUGGCUGCAGGAGCCCUUUCUGGACAUUAAAAGCAUAGUGCUGGCUACGCAAUGGGUAGGGGAUGAGAGGGGCUUUCUGGGGAUGAGUUUCCACCCCAAAUACAGGGACAAUGGGAAGUUUUACAUCUAUUACUCGUACACGGAUAAGAACCGAGUGGAAAAGAUCAGGAUCAGUGAAUUAAAGGUUAUGAUGUCUGACCCUAACAAAGACGAUCCACGCUCAGAAAGUUGUUUGAUCUUAUUCCCUUCUCUAAAACUACUGGAAUUUGGAAAGAUGAUCCCUGCCAAAGUGGUCGAUGUAAUCGUGAUACAAUAUUUCCUGCAGGCUGGUGACAUUCUUCCAAUAUUCACGUAUGGCCGCAACGUGGGGAAGUCGGUCACCGGAGGUUACGUGUACAGAGGAUGUGAAUCGCCCAAUUUGAACGGACUUUAUAUUUUUGGUGAAUUCAUGAGUGGAUGAGACCAAUUUCGACUUAUGGCUUUACAGGAAGAUAAGUGGGCAAAUGAGUGGAAGAAGCAAGAUACCUGCAUUGGCAACACAAGAGCUUGUGCUUUCCCUGGAAUGCUCAGUUCUUACAGAUAGAUUUCAUUUGCUGAGGAUGAAGCAGAUGAGCUGUAUUUUAUGUCUACUUCUUACCCUAGUGCCUAUGCACCACAUGGAUCACUCUACAAGUUUAUUGAUCCUGCAAGGUGAGCUCCACCACGGAAGUGUAAAUACAAGCCUGUUCCAGUGAAAACAAAGAGUAAACAGAUACAAUUUUUUCCACAUGCAAAUACUGUCUGUGAGCUGCUUAAUGAACCCUCAACAACCAAGCCUCCAAAAAAAUCCUCUACCCCCACUGCUGCCAUCCCAACAGUAUCCUCUAAGCAUGCUAAAAAGACCACAUCCACCAAAAUAAAAGCAUCAACAUUGAAAACAGCUGGUAAAAAGAGACAGAAAAUCAAAACUAAGGCUGGACCUAACAAGGCAAAGCAGGAAGAGAAGCCUGCAUGCAUUUCCAGAACUACACCAGCACCACCUGUGCCAAAAAAGAACUCCCACCUGACCAGAACCAAGAAGCUGCUUUCAAAGACAGUAGCCCUAGCCAAUGGAAAAAUGGAAAUGACAAUGAAGGAGAUCAUAUUUGUGUUCUACCACCCUUCUCUGGGUAUUUUGGAUGCAAACAGCAGCUCCCAGAAGGCGGGUAACUACAUCCGUCUGCAGCCCGGGUGGCUGACCGCCCUCGCGUCCCCGCUGGCCCCGUGGAGGCGGCUCCGCUAA